UCUUGCGAUGGCGCUCUCCGCCUGGAACCAAGCUGCCGCCUAUGCCUCCAGCGAGGAGCAUCCGAGGACACUGUCGAAGUUCACCACCAUGACUUCUACCGGAAAAAAGCCAUCGAGUGGGCCAAGCUGUACGGACCAGUGAUCAGGCUCAAGAUAAAUCUAUUGAACGUUGUCAUCCUCAACGACUUCGACAGCAUCAAGAAGUUCUGCAAUACAAAGGAACUCCUAUGGCGUUCAUCCACUUUCGUUGGUUAUCGCGACUGCUACAAAGGUGUGGGUUCACUGAAUGGGGAAGCUUGGUCAGCAAACAGGAAAUUCUGUUUGAGCAUGCUGCGGGACUUGGGCUUUGCAAAAACUGCUAUGGAGGACCGCAUGAUGGAAGAGUUCGGCCGCGUUGCUGACAGCAUUGGUGAGACUGGUGGAAGGCCGCUUGACGUGAGCAACUACGUGAUGCCGUGCGCCUUCAACAACAUCGUGUCGUUCUUCUAUGGCCGUCAGUUGACGCACGACGAUCCAACUCGCCGCGAGCUCCACCGGGUGAUGAAGAGAGUGAGCCUCGCGAUGUACUCGGGGCCCUUUCACCAAUUCCUACCAUGGAAGCUGCGCAAGCUGCUCUCAUACCUUCCUUUUACCAGAAACCACCGCAUCGCGGAAUCCUUGGCGCAACUAGAAGCCGUUUCAGAGUACGUGCACUUUACUUUUUCCAUAAACGCGUAUCAUCCACAAAUGAAUUUCACCAGUACUAUGAAUUGGUACUGGCCUAGAAACAGAGCGCCCUUCUGA